AUGUCGUUGAACAGCGGCAGGUUUGUCUACUCGACCAUCAACUUGAACGACCCGGAGCCGCUCGCCAACAGAACGGCUACAAUACUGGGCUGGGUUAUCACAUUUUUGAUUAUAUCGUGGAUAUGUGUGCUGCUGAGGUUUUAUGUGCGCUUCCGCGUCGUGCGGGCUCCCGGAUGGGAUGACCUUUGUGUCGGGCUGUAUCUGACGUUCUACGUCGAGAAUGCAACAUAUUGCAGCUCGGCGGCAUUCAUCAAGCUCGCGCUUUUGCUGCAAUACUUACGAAUCUUUGACCGUGGGACUUCCAUGUACAAGAUUACCCUAGGAGUCACCAUCUUCACAGCCCUCUGGGGCAUUGCAUACUCAGUCAUCGCCUGGGUUCCAUGUGUUCCCGUGUCGGACUACUGGGAUCUCUAUAGUGACGGGAAACGGUGCUACGGGUAUGGGUCUCAUACACCGUACUCUUUUGUUGCUACGUACGAGAGCCACUCGGCCUUCAACAUGGCGCUUGAUACUAUCGUGUUCAUCAUCCCGAUACCGUUACUAUUCAAAGACGGCGUCACCACUGCGGCUCGGUUACGCCUUGUCGCAUUACUCUCAAUGGGUUGCAUUGUUUUAGCUCUUGCGGCAUGGCGCCUGCAGACCAUGAUCGCGAACCAAGUAGCGACGUACCCGACACGAGAUCCAACCUGGUACGGCCCGAUCAGCAUCAUUCUUGCAGCACUGGAGCUCAACGCAGCAUCCAUCUGUGCCAGCGUCCCAAUAUUCUGGCCCGUGUUCACGCAGAAUUGGAGCGGCAUAUUUGUGACCCAGGAGGUGAAGAUCACGCGCGAGUCGCGGUACAACGAGGAGGAUAGAGAUUCCCUCACGCGGGGGUCAUACCACAGCAGGGUUGGCAGUGAUACCGAGCUGAGCAUAGUAGAGAGCACCAGCGGUAAGAAGAACCAACACUACCGGGACUCGUAUAUCUUGAGGCAGGUCGACCCUUUAAGAAUUCCAGAUGACCGAGAUCAACCGAGUGCGAGGGCCGGAGAUCCUAAGGAUCAGUCGAGGAAGUGGACGAAAUUCUGA